UGUGUGAUCAUCAAGGACAUGGCGGCUGCAUUGAGCUUUGGUACGUACUGUGUAAAAUGAGUGGUGUCUAUCGAUUCAAUUUAUUAUAGAAUGCAAAGAAAUUUGCAGUUUAAAAAGUAAUUCUUGGUUCAAAUUUUAUUGCUUAAAAUUUCUGUGGUUUAAUCUGCAGGUUCCGUGCCUGCCUACUAUCGGGAAGUUUAUCAGAUAGCAUGCCCGAACCAAGAGGAGAGGAUCGAGCGCGACAUGUUCGUGAAGAUCUUGGUAAAGUCAAGUCUUCCCAAACAGUCUCUGAGCCAGGUGAGUUUUAAGGAGUUCUUAAAGUAUAAUGUGAAGGCAAUUGGCUGACUUAAGUAAGUUGGUGAAAGGCAGGGGUCGACGUUCCAAGAACCCUCUCCCAGCUGGGGAGCAGGCGCGCACUCGUUGGUCUCAGACAGGGAAAAAGUUGUUCCGCUCGCAGUACUCGCAAAUACAUUCGCGUCAUCUGACUUUGUUUUUUGUUUUGGAGAUUGUUGUUUAUCUGCGCUUGAUCAGUGCCGUUAUGAUUCCUUAAAAGUAUUCAAUGAAUAUAUUUUUGUUUGUUUUCAUUCCGCCAUUUAUGCGCGAUGCGUACUUGUAAUUAAUAAGCAUACAAACACGAGGUAUUGGUAUUUAAUGACAUAUUUAGGCGCUGCUAAUAACGAUCUUUGACAGGUCCAGUCGCUAAUAACUCUAUAAUCAGGCUGAUAAAUACAUUUUCAGAUCAUUAUUUUUUUACUACACCUGUUUUACAUGAAAUAAUUACUAAUUAGACGGUAUGGGUCUCGGCAGGAUUUGGUGUCUACUUAAGCCAAUUACACCCGAACCACCUGUACUGAACCCUGUUCCUUGUACCCCUUGUGAUGUCCUCAGUUUUAACUGCCGUGGACAGCUUUGACACCUAACUUGUGUAGGGGGAAGAAAUUUUUCAAACCAGAAUGAGCACAAUGAAAUCAAACAGGCUAGAGAAAAAUGCAAAAAAACUAUCCAAAGUUGAUGCAAAAAUUCCAAUGAAAUUCUUUUUCCACCACUCAACUGCACUUCCAUAAAUCUAAUCUUGAAUACGAUUAUAACAACUGUUUUUCCAAAAACUUUUCUAGCCAAAAUUAAGCCUAGAAAAUCCCAGCAAAUGAAAGAAAAAGGAAAAAAUGGGGCAAGAAAAGUGAAAGAAGUGGGGAGGAGAGACAGCAAUAGGUCGCUUGUCACUUGAUGUAAACCGAAAAACUUAAUAGAAAUUUUGUCUCUUAAAUGGCUUGGUCUCAUGGUUUGGUUGUGCGGUUGUCAGGAUUGGACAUUGGUGCUCGCCCAGGCAAGUUUCGAAAUGGUCUGGGGAGUAUAAAUCAAGGAUCACUAGCCCAGUUUGGCCAGUACAGUUUUCAUAUACGUAGUAUAUUUAUUCCAAAUAAAUGUCACUUUUCACUUUCAACUUGGAAAUAAUCCUCAAGCCAGAAGCUUACCAUUCUAAAAAGUCCGUCAACACUGGUUGGUAUUUUUUAAAAGCGGUUCAUAAACAGUCAAAAUGGCCUCUGCUUUGAUGAUUGUUACAUGAACGAUGAACUGGUACAAAGUAAUACCUCUGGUCCUUAAAUACACUGUUUUGUCCACGGAGCUUCAAAACGCAGGUAAACGGCUCUUUCCCGCUGCUUUUAGUGCAUAAUUUCAACAUUUUGCUUGAGGUACACAAGUGUGUUGUUGUUUCCUGGAAUUAAGAGGACGGUGAGUGAACUUCCAUGCAGUACGGAGGGAGCUAUUUUUUUUAUGGCAAAGACUUUGGGCAAGUGAAAACUGAUCUGGGGGAGUGCAGUUUGAAUGUCAUUGGCCUUGAUGGCAAGUACUCCAAAAUUUUAGUUUCCAGCUCUGGGUUUUGCCAGCCAUGGUGGCAUUAUUCAGUCUAGAGGCUGGCUGCCAAAAGUGGAAGCCUCUGCUUUUUCUGGGUCCCUAAAUUUCAUUAAUACCGUUAUUAAACUUUGAUUUGGGACCUCUGACAGCAAGAAUAAUGAUAGUCAUAGUAUAAAUGAUUUUUUGAUUAUUCAUUUAUCUUUAUAGUAAUAUAUUUUAUUAUAGAUUUGGGAGGCGGUGGAUCCUAGGCAAGAUGGGUAUGUAACAAGAGAUGGCUUGUACAAAGCACUAGCAUUAACAGCUCUUGCACAGCAAGGAAAAAGUAUAUCUGACAAAGCACUGGAACAAUUUAUUGAUGCAGGUAAAGGAAUGGCCUGUCUGUAACUCAUCAUUUUAUACACAUCACAGGUAUCUAACUAAUGAGUUUUGAGCUGAGUUUUUUUUUCAUCACCCAAAGGCAUCAGUUAGUUUCCAAGGGCCACUGGAAAUUGCUUGAGCGACCUACAUACCCUAUACACCUGAUUCAAAUGAUGGUUGCUUUGGGCAAUAGGCAAUUAUAUACCAGGGCCCAGUUGUUCGAAGGCCGAUUAGCACUUUAAACCAGGGUUAAAUUUAACCUGGGUUUCUAUUUCUUGUGUUCAAAAGCAUUUUCUCGGAUAAUUUUCUCUGUUAUUUUUAGAGCUUCCAAUCAUCAACUUGUAGACAAAAAGAAUUAAAACUGAAAUGCUUUUUAAGCUUUUAAAUCUGAAUGCAAAUCUCACACUAACCCUGGGUUAUCUUAACCCAACUUUGAACAACUCAGCCCAGGAAGAUAUUGUUUGUCGGUCACUCGAGCAAAUCAUUACAGUGAGUUCCACAUGCCCAAUUGCGAAUGACGUGCUGCCAAAGGAACCUUUAUUUUUCAGAGGGCCACAAGUUUACUAGUGUCUGUAACAAUUCUGUGCUACCCUCUUUAAAUAAAGUGUAUUAUUAUUAUUAUUGAAUUAUUACUGAAGGUCAGCGCCAUCUGGGAGCAGUUAUUGCAUCGCAAGAAUACAAAGAUCAGUAUUGUGAGGAGAAGGUUCGUGCAUGGAAAGAGGAAAUCAAACGUCUCUCUGAAAUAGCGAAGAGCCAGCCCCAUGCGGCGUAUAUUGCUUUCACAAAAGGCUACAAGUCGAAGUUCACCUACUUCAUGCGCACAAUUGAAUCGUUUGAAGUUUAUGUCGAUCCAAUCCAGGAAGUGAUUGAAGAUUUACUACUCCCAACUUUGUUCGGUCAAUCAGAGCCUCUCCCUAACGAGGUGCGCAGACUUGCUACAUUAGCAACAGGUCAAGGGGGUCUAGGCAUUCCUGAUCUAAAUCCGAGGCACCGCAGCAGUUUGCUGCCUCGAGACUAAUAACCACCGCGCACGUAGAUUCUAUUACUUCACAGAGUUCCAUCAUGGUGCCAGGAGAAAGAUCUAUGGAGGAGCUAAAGAGGCAUCAACAAUCACUUAAGAGAGCAAGUGCCAAAGAGAAAAUGGAUAGCAUUAAUUCAAGCCUCUCCCCAGGCCAGCUGCGUCUGGUUAAUCAAUCGAGGGACAAGGGCGCAAGUUCUUGGCUGAAUGGGAUGCCUCUCGCAGACAAAGGUUUAGCCCUCAACAAGCAAGAGUUCAGAGACUCGCUAUGCUUGCAUUAUGACUUGCCCUUAGUCGAUUUACCAAGUCAUUGCAUAUGUGGGGAUAAAUUCACCGUUAGUCACGCCCUCUCUUGUAAAAAGGGGGGGUUUGUAGCGCAGAGACAUGACGGUGUACGGAACUUGUUAACGACAUUCGUCGACAAGAUCUGCAAUAAUGUCGAAAUCGAACCACGCCUUCAACCCCUGGACAACGAGCGAUUUCAUUUGAGGAGCGCUGUUACAAGUUCUUAGGCAAGGUUGGACAUCAAAGUGGGAGGUUUCUGGGCAAGAGGAGUUACGGCAUUUUUUGAUGUUAGAGUUACGCAUGUCAACUCCAAGUGUUACCAGAGCAAGCCAGCAUCGGAAGUGUUCAAAGAGCAAGAAGAAGAGAAGAAGCGCAAGUACCAGCAGUGGGUGUUAGAUGUACAAAUGGGUUCGGUUACGCCUUUAGUGUUUGGAACCAAUGGCGGAAUGGGAAAUGAGUGUCAGCGACACCGAGCCUUAUCAUGUUGUAAUCACUUGGCUCAGGACACAGAUCUCCUUUGAACUCUUAAGAUCGGUACAUGCAUGCGUCAGAGGUUCGCGAAUGCCGUUUCGUAGCAAGAUAGAGCAAUCAUUAGACUGUAAAAUAAAUGUCGCGAGUGCGGAUAUCUGAAAUACGUGUCUAUAUGCUUUUAUACUUAGGGCUUUUUAUGGACACUGGUUUAGCCGUCAUUAGUAUAAUUCGAUUGUAUGAUCUUAAUAUCUCUGCAUAAUGGAAUUCUUAAUUUUAUAGAAUUUUGAACUUUUAUUAUUAAUUAUAUCUAUUUCCUCUUCUUUUAUGUAAGGUUAAGUUACUUCUAUUUUUUAGAAUUUGUAAAUGAAUAGGGGUUUCUUUUGUAACGAAUGGAAUUGUAGAUAGUGUUUUGAUGAAUUAAUUAGAUUUUUUGUAACAGCAGGUUGAUUGUAAAUAGGAUUUUAAUUGAGGUUUUGUAAUAAAGAUUUUAAAUUUUUUUUCUUGAAUUAGAUAUAUAUGUUUUAUCAUUUUUAUUAUUAUUAUUAUUAUUUUACUCCAUCAUUAUCAUUUUUUAUUUUACCUACAGAGUUACCAAAGCCUUCAUUGGGAGACUUGUCUGAUUUGAAAACUCUCAGUGUGCGACAGAGACGUGAAAACAACCCCAAUGUACUGGGAUAUAACUAUGAUGAACUUGUUGGUCUAGAUACAGUUGAUGUUGAGCUUGUACCAGAAAAGAAGGGAAUCAUCUUGAAACACAACGAAUAUCAUGUCUCCAGUAAGGUGAGGAAGAGGAAAAAAGCUGUCAAUAAUGAUUAUUAUGAUUUUUUAUUCUGUUCUGUGUUUUUAUUUUGCUUUUGAAUUGCGAUCACUUCUAUUUGAAACAGAAACUGACGGAGUGACAGAGAUUAGACAGACUACUAGCUAAAGGCCUUUAAAUGCUACUUUUGAUGCAUCAUUUUAAUGUAAUUGCACUAAUUUCAAAGCAGAAAAAGACUGAAAUAUUUGAUUGUCAAUCAAAAUACAGAGUAGAAAGUUGUACUCAAUAAGGACUUCUCUUGAAUGAGGGUGGUAGGGCUAUAGAGGACAUGCCACACUGGCCAUCUGGUGAGUGUGAUGGACAAAAUAUUUUUGGUGGGAAAAUUGGAGAUAAGACUGAAAUAUCUUGUGUGUAUAAAACUUUCAUUGUAUGACAAACUGCAAUGGAGCAUUGAAAUAUUAUGGCUUUGCUAGAAUAAGAGAGGAAGCUAUGCUAAUGAGACACCAUCAUUUUUUGAUGUGCAAGUGGGUAUGCAGAGACAUCACCAAUCUUUCUGUAGAGUGGUGGAUUCAGGCUGUAUGGAAAAGACAGUUUUGACCAUUACCCUUAAAGUACCUUCUCGGGAAACGUACAGGCCAAGCCUUGGCCUUGUACAUGUAAGAACAAGUGAGCCAUGAACCAUUUUCUCCUAUCAAGAAGCUGACGUGCAAAAAUAAUGGUUUUCAAAACUUGCUAAUUUUACUGACGGUAGUAUUGUCCCAUAAACUCUUUUUUGUUUCAGAGACAUAACUGUACUGUCAAUCGACGUUACAAUGACUUUGUUGCAUUCCAUGACAUGCUGUUAUCGCGGUUUCCAUAUCGUCUUAUCCCUACUCUUCCUCCUAAGAAGCUCAUGGGUGGUAGGUUCUUAAGAUUUCAUCAUUCUCUUUUGUGACUGUCCAGUUUAUAAUUAAAAAUGAAAUCAGGGUUGUGAUUAAGUUUUGAAGCAGCCGUAGCAAAUGAAGAAUCACCCGUAACAUCUCACAUAAAAUUUAUGGUGUUUAGUUAGCUUUCCACUUCGAUCACUCAUAACAUCAUUAGUGAGCUCAGCCAUAACAGGUGUUACGGGUAAUGCCUCUUAAUGACAGCUUUGGAAAUGUUCCUUAAAGCUCCCAUAAAAAAACUUGCCAGAUUAAUGAGUGUUUUAAAUGUUCACUUUGUUAAGAGAUAAUGACCAACUCCAGUGUUCCAGCCAGAAAAUUCUGCUUGAGGGCCAAAGUGGCUUCUACAAGCCAUUUUUGGGGGCCAGAUUUUUCAAGAAAGGGCCAAUAUCUGUCUAAUAUGCAAAAGAGAAGAAAUGGCUGGGAAGUUGACAUGGAGCAUUCCUUUUCAUACACAAUAGAGUAAAUCUUCAGCAAUAAAGCAAACAUUAGUACAAUCAGAAAUAGCAAGUACUUUUUUUCAUCGCUGAAUCAUGCAACACAUUAAAAUGAAUAGCUGAAAUCGUUCAACAAACGUCUGAGCGGAAUUGUGUCACACCAGUGUUUUAAGGAUUAAUUCUAGGACAUUAGCGAGGUAACAACCCUUGUUUUAAAAUCUUCAAAAUUAGAAUAGCCUGUGCUCUUUGUUUUUCUUACAGGUAGUAAAGAGUUUAUCGAGGCCAGAAAAAGAGCCUUGAAACGGUUUCUGACACUUGUUGUACGGCAUCCUGUGCUUUGUGAAGACAGAAUUGUAAACUUUUUUCUCACAGUGAAGGGCUCUGUAAGUAACCUUGACUUAUUUCUAAGAAAAAUUUGAUUGUUUUGUUUUUCUCUUGUUUACUGUAAAACAGUUUACUAAGAAAACUGUGAACCUAAAAUGCCUCUCUCUAAUCAUCGCCUCUUCUUGGAACAGAAUGAGUUUAACUAGUGACAAGUCUAGUGAAAAGAACAGGAUUGAAGAAAGUAUAUUUAAAAGUACUCUAAGUCUUUUUUGUCUAGUUCUAAAACUAACUGAAAAUUUCUCUUGAGUUAAAUUGCCAAAAACCAAAAAAAAAAACUGUGUAUUUGCACUAAAGGGAGAGUUGAAAAAACUGACCCCCACUCCGCGGACUACCCACUGACCCCACUCCGCGGACUACUCUACGGACUACUCCGUGGACUACUCUACGGACUAGUCCGCGGACUACCCUGCGGACUACCCUAACUAAUCAACCAAAUUUACUUUCACGGAGAAAAGAGUUAGAAGAAGCGUACCUGCCUACAAGAUCACACUUGAUAAACAGCCGCCAUCUUGAUUUUCGCCACUUUACUCGACCCAGCUCUCCUUUAGCUUAACCCCCAGUCUUCAUCGAAAAAGCACCACGCUUCAGCAAUGGAUGACCGUUUGUGUGUUGAAUAUUCAUCCCUUUUAAUUUGUUUCAAUUGUUUGCCUGAGAAAAUGCAAGGGGUGACAGGCCGCACAUCUAUACCUAAACCUUGUGUAAACCUUUUAUAUUCUAAUUCCACCCCGCUCAAGCGAAUAUAAAACAUUUAUCAUGUAACAAGCAACCUCAAUUGGGGUGUGUCAACACGAAUGAGACCCUCUUUAUUAUGCCUUCAUCAACAGAAUGGAUGGAAAUAAUACAACAAACAGAAUGAAAACUCGAAAUGUAAAAAUUACAGCAAGAAGAACAACCCUACAAAAUGAUCUAAACUAUGCUCAGAUAACAAUGAUUCAGUAAACAUACAAAACGUGCUAAACCUUUCAUAUAGCAGCAUGCAAAAACUACGCUAAGAGAAACCCCUGGUCACUGGGUAUU